AUGAGCCUCUCUCGAGCUUUGGCCGCGGUACUCGCCUAUGGAUCGAUUGUUCAUGCAACAUCCUCUUACGACGUCUUUGACUAUGUAGAUCCUCUCAUAGGAACUGCCAACGGAGGACAUGUCUUUGCUGGCGCGACUCUUCCAUUCGGUCUCGCGAAGGCGGUGGCUGACUCUGUAAAUGACAAUGCGGGUGGCUAUGCUUCGGAUGGCGGUCCCAUCACGGGCUUUUCUCACAUGCAUGACAGCGGAACUGGUGGUGGUGCCUCUCUUGGAAACUUUCCCCUAUUCCCUCAGAGCGGAUGUACAGCAGGGCUCCUCGACAACUGUUACUUCACCAAGGCAGACCGCCAGUCUAUGCCAAUCAACAACUCGAUUGAGGCGCAUCCGGGCUACUUUUCCGUGACCCUCAACACCUCUAUCAAGGCGGAGAUGACGGUGUCGAACAAGACGGCUCUGUAUCGCUUCACCUUUCCCGAUGAGCCUGUGCCCAUGAAAGGAGGAGACGCAACUGGAGACAACGCGAUCCCGUAUGAGCCCGUCAUCUUGGCCGACUUGACAGAUCUCUCCGACUCUAGGAGCAAGGGAAGCGUGUCUGUUGAUCCGCACAGCGGGCGAAUCACCGGCUCUGGGACAUUCAAUCCCUCGUUUGGAGUCGGCACUUAUACGCUGUACUUUUGCACAGACUUUCAGGGCGCGAGCAUCAAGAACACGGGCGUCUUCCAGAACAACAGGGCCGGCACCAACUUCAAGCAGCUAAAGACUGAAACCGCGACUGUGACGGGGCCGCCUGUCCCUGGAGGAGCCUUUGUCCAGUUCAACAAGCCCAGCAAUAACCAGAUCCUGGCGAGAGUGGGCUUGUCGUUUAUCAGCACCAACCAGGCUUGCAGCAAUGCCCAGUCCGAGAUUCCGAGGUUUGACUUCCAGGGAACCCUGGAGACUGCUGAGGAUGCUUGGCGGCAGAAGUUGGGUGUGGUCAAGGUCGAUAACACGGGUGUUGACAAGGACAUUCUGACGACGUUCUACUCGGGGAUGUAUCGUUCAAUGAUUUCGCCGCAGGAUUACACGGGAGAGAAUCCAUUGUGGAAGAGCAGCGAGCCUUACUAUGACUCCUUCUACUGCAUCUGGGAUUCGUUCCGCAGCAUUCAUCCGCUACUGACAAUUGUCGACCCGUACAGCCAAACGCAAAUGAUUCGCGCCUUGAUUGACAUCUACCGCCACGAAGGGAAGCUUCCAGACUGCCGGAUGACGUUCUGCAAGGGCUGGACGCAGGGUGGUAGCAACGCCGACAUCGUGCUUGUGGACGCAUAUCUAAAGGGCCUUCACAAGGACGUUGACUGGCAUACUGGAUACGAAGCCCUGAUUUCGGAUGCCGAAGAUGAGCCGGCGAACUGGGGGCUUGAGGGACGUGGUGGCUUGACCAGCUGGAAGACGCUUGGAUAUAUUCCCACUGACGACUUUGAUCCCAACGGUGUUGGCACAUUCUCGCGAUCCAUUUCCCGAACAGUCGAGUACGCCUACAACGACUUUUGCAUCGCAGAAAUGGCCCAGGCCCUGCACAAGACGGCGGAUGCCGAAAAGUACCUGAAGCGGUCCAAGAACUGGAAGAACAUGUGGAAUCCCAAGCAGAACUCGUACAUCUACAUUACCAACCCCGAUGGCUCGACGGGCUAUGUCGACAGUGGCUUUUACGGAUUCUUGCAACCGCGGUAUCUCAACGGCACGUUUGGCUACCAGGAUGCCAUGAUGUGCACGCCCAUGUUUCGGUUUGACGACUGUUAUCUGGUUCCUACUGGCCACGAGACGUACGAGGGCAGCAGCUGGCUCUACACCUUCUUCGCCCCCCACGACAUGGCCGACCUCAUCACCACCCUCGGCGGGCCCGACACCUUCGUCAAGCGCCUCCAGUUCCUCCACACGACCCCCAACCUGCUCUACUUUGGCGAUGAGCAAGCCUUCCUCCUCGUCUUCCUCUUCCACUACGCCGGCCGCCCCGGCCUGUCCUCGUACUUUAGCCACCACUACAUUCCCUCCCAGUUCAACACAAAGGUCGACGGCAUCCCUGGAAACGACGACUCCGGCGCCAUGGGCGCCUUUAGCACCCUCGCCAUGAUGGGCCUGUGGCCCAUGGGCGGACAGAACGUCUAUCUCAUCCUGCCGCCGUAUUUCCCUGAGAUUAGCAUCAAGAACGGCUUGACGGGCAAGACGGCGACGGUGAAGAAUGUGAACUUCGAUGGAGGGUAUGAGAAUAUCUAUAUCCAGAGUGCGAAGCUCAAUGGGAAGCCGUAUAGCAAGAACUGGAUUACGCAUGACUUCUUUGCAAAUGGAGGCGUGCUGGAGCUGACGCUGGGGAAGAAUGAGAGUAGCUGGGGGACGGGGGCUUCGAGCCUGCCGCCUAGCUUGAAGCUGGAUGUCUAG